CUCUAAAUCUAUUGAUAACUUUAUACAACCAUAACUAUCAUUAAAAUUUCAGUUCUGUUAUACGAUCAAACGCUAAACUUUCAAAAUGACAACUCGGUGUGCGGGGCGGAAAUGCGCUGGUUCGCUGCUGUGAGCGCUGGUCUGUUUCCGUGUGAAUGUGCGAUUGCGAGAGAUUAACGACCCAGAUUGAGAUGAAAACAGGUGCUGCUGCUGGACGGCUCUAAUGUCAUUUUGCGCUAAAGAAAUCUGACUGACGUUGAGCAGAGUGCUGUGGUGCCAUGUGGCUGUGGCUUCAGGAGGUGUUUGUGUGGACGACUUUUCAUCUGUCUGCUCACAUCUCACAUUGUUUGCUUCCCGGUAUCGCUGGGCUUUCUGUAUUGUAAAGAUCCUCGCACUUCCUUGGAAGAUGCCCAAUGUGGAGCCAAGGAUGCACAGGUGGAAAUGGCCCGGCCAGUUUACCUCACUGUACCUGUUCUGUCUGUGUUUUCUCUGCUCAGUCUCUGGAGUUUCUUCCAGCAUAUGCACAGUAACAGGCGGUGUACUGGGUAUCCACUGGAGCAGCAUCAUCGGCCUGGGCUGGCAGCCGCUGGCAGUGGACGGGGGAGGGCCUCGGUGCUGGGAAUCCUGCUGUUUGAAGCCCUCCUGCGGUGCUGUGUGGAGUCUCGGUGGAAGAUGUGUAUUACUGGCCUGUGGUAGAAAAGAAGGCUGCUCCAUUACCUGGCUUCCUCAGCCACAUAGAAAAUCUCUGGGGCUUCUGCAGGAGCUGAACAGGAGCAUGGGCAGGAAACCUCGAAAUGCUGAGGAUAUCAGAGUAAUCAGGGAAACAGAGCAUGAAAUAGAACAGGACUUGUUAGUGAAACCCACAGCACCACUGACCACAUCCAAUAUAACUGUGCAUAUAACUGGUGAGACCACCAUCCAGUCCACCAGUGGCAGUGGACAACAGACAGCUCUCUCAGCACCCGAGUAUAAUUCAACACUGGCUGCAGACACUGUGGAUCAUUCAGCAGUGAACAACAGUAAUCAGUCACCACAGUCCACGUCUGACACCCGUUCCGUGACUCCACCGCCAACACCAGCUGUAACAGUGCGAGAGCUAGUUGUCUCUGCUGGCAAAAAUGUGGAGGUCACUUUACCACGCAAUGAGGUGGAGCUCAAUGCUUUCGUAGUGCCAGCGCCCCCUUCAGGGGCUAACUAUGCCUUCGAUUGGCGUUUGAGGACGCAUCCAAAAGACUACAGUGGAGAAAUGGAGGGUAAACACAGCAAGACGCUUAAGCUCAGUAAGCUGACAGUGGGCCUCUAUGAGUUUGAAGUGGUAGUGGAUGGUGACGGUGCUCAUGGGGAGGGAUAUGUCAACGUUACUGUCAAACCAGAGCCACGAGUGAAUAAGCCACCUGUUGCAGUGGUUUCUCCGAAGUACCAGGAAAUCUCUUUGCCUACAAGCUCAACUGUGAUUGACGGCAGUCAGAGUACUGAUGAUGAUAAAGUGGUGACGUGGCAUUGGGAGGAGGUAAAAGGGCCUCUCAGAGAGGAAAAGGCUUCGGGUGAUACUGCUAUUCUCACUCUCACCAACUUGGUUCCUGGUAACUACACCUUCAGUCUUACAGUGACUGACUCGGAUGGAGCUCAGAAUUCAACCCAAGCCAUGUUGUUAGUUAACAAGGCCACGGACUACAGACCUACAGCUAAUGCUGGACCUAACCAAGUGAUUACAUUGCCACGCAACUAUAUCACACUGUAUGGUAACCAAAGUACUGAUGACCAUGACAACCUGUCCUACGAGUGGUCACUCAGUCCUGAAAGCAAAGGCAAAGUGGUCGAGAUGCAAGGUGUGAGGACGCCCAUUCUGCAGCUGUCUGCCUUGCAGGAGGGUGACUACACAUUUCAGCUAACCGUCACUGACUCGUCUGGCCAGCAAGACACAGCUCAGGUCACUGUCAUUGUCCAGCCAGAAAAUAACAAGCCACCUGUAGCGGAUGCUGGUCCAGACAAGGAGCUGACGCUGCCUGUCGAUCGUACCACGCUGGAUGGCAGCAAGAGCAGCGAUGACCAAAAAAUUGCUACGUACCAUUGGACAAAGACCAAGGGCCCAGAAGGGGUGAAAAUUGAUAAUGCAGACACUGCAGUUGCCGUGGUGACCGGUCUGCAGGAGGGCGAGUACAUUUUCACAUUGACAGUGACAGAUGAAAGGAGCCUGGAGAAUUCUGACACAGUCUCUGUCAUUGUGAGAGAAGAGGAUGAUCAGCCACCAGUGGCCAAAGUGCUCUCCAGUCCUCCGAUCACUCUUCCCAUCCGCACAGCAUUUCUGGAUGGUUCUCGAUCAUCAGAUGAUAAGGGAAGCAUCAGCUACCUCUGGACCCGUGAAGACAGCAGCCCGGCUGCAGGGGAUGUCCUGAAUAACUCUGACCACCAGGCAGUGCUUUUUCUUGGUAAUCUGGUGGAAGGGAAGUACACUUUCACCCUGACUGUAACUGACAGUAAGGGAAAGACCAGUACUGACAGAGGCACUGUAGAAGUUCGACCAGAUGUUUAUGAGCGAGACUUGGUGGAGCUGAUCCUGGAAGUUGCUGUGGCUCAGGUGUCCCGCAGACAGAAGGAUAUGCUCAUCAGGCAGGUUGGCGUCCUUCUGGGUGUCCUGGACAGUGACAUCACAGUGCGAGAGAUUAGCGCCUUCAAUGAGCACAGCACUCGCUUGGUAUUUCUGGUGUCUGGAGGUCCUGGACGACCUCCGUUGGCUGGCCAUAGUGUCGCUAUGGAACUCCGCAACAAAUUUCGGAAGCAAAAAAAUGAAUUCCUUAUCUUUAGGGCCCGGCGAGUGGACACAGUUAUCUGCCAGCUGAACUGCUCCAGUCACGGGGAAUGCGAUUCCUUUACCAGACGUUGUGUUUGCCACCCAUUCUGGAUGGAGAAUUUAUUCAGUACUUAUUUUUGGGACACUGAGAGCAAUUGUGAAUGGAGUGUAUUAUAUGUGACGAUAGCAUCGUUCAUGAUCGUGGUUGCCAUAGCGACUGUAAUAUGGGGUAUUGUGUGCUGUUGUCGAAGACGGAAAAGUAAGGUGAGACGAAAGAGCCGCUAUAAAAUGCUGGAGGGGGACGAUCAAGAGAGUCUGGAAUUACAGUUACCAAGACCUGGUCGCUUGAAGCCAGUUCCUGCUCCCACAUCUUCUGCACUCAUGCACUCCGAUUCUGAUCUGGAAAGUGAUGAUGGCCAAGCGGGAAUCCCCUGGUCUGAUCGAGAGCGUGGAAAACUCCUGAAACCCCAAAACGGAUCUCUGCGUAACGGCCAAGGUCCUCACAAACCUAAAAAACAAAGAGAGGAGCUGCUUUAGCAUAUAGGCCAAACCUCUCGUAUCGCCCCAAUGCACUGUUCACCCCUCAUCCACGACACAUGUCAAUGACUUUAAUUCAGGAGGGACUUGCAGGAUGUCAGGAAUGACCUCUGCACCUGCAUCCCUGGGUUGAAUCGCAGCCCAGUCUGAGCCAAAAUGAAAAUGCAUUAAAACACGAAUGGUGGAAAAUGACAAAAGGUCAAAUCUGUAGAGCCAUGCACCUCAAAAAGACAAUGAGAAUGUACCUGCUUCACUGCAGAGAAAGACGAGCGAUAUAUGUGCCAGCGGCAACUGGAAAGGGUUGGGAAUUUCAGAGUAGCUCUCUGAGAAACUUUUCCCAACCAGAAUGUCACAUCUCACCGCAGAUAACUGAGCCUGCCUCACUGUCCCCUUUCUAUGAAGCUUCCUGAUAUGACAGGCAGCCUGUCACAUCCAAACACUGCCUGGCAUGUCUAUUAAUUUGUAUAUUUUUACUUGUGGUAACAAUGCAGAGAUUGAGUCCUAUGGCACCAAAUAAUGCCAUGUUGUAUGCAUGAGAAGCCAAGAUUUUGCUUCCCACAGAUUUUUUUUUAUGGUUUGCAUGUAUUAAAUCGAGAUGCGUGUGCUACUCUGCGGUCUUGCGUGGCUGAAUGUCAAAGGUGCAUUUAUGCCCCUUUGCCACUUUUAAACACCAGCAAAAGUGACGUCUGCAGCAUUAAUAGCCAUGUUUGUCAGGAGUUUGAAGAGGUGAUAUCGUACACUGGAAAUUGCAUUAGAUGUUGCACUGGGGCUAGUCGCAUACCCCCUCUGGUUCUGGAGAAUGAAUAUAACAGGAUGGGGUCUGGCUGGCUUACUCAAACCGGAAUUAGCCACUAGUCAGCGAAUCAUGUUUUUGUUGCACUUGGUUUGCAUUAGUAUUGAGUUUUUUGAUUGUUGAUUCAUCAGAAAUCAUCACUCGGUUUUAAGGUAGUUUCAUCUCAGCCAUUUGAAAUGAGACACUCCACUUCCAAUGUUCGUUGGUUUGUUAUGAAAGAGCUGAAUGUUAUCUAGACAAUGUGCGUGUGUUUUCCCCCCCCACAUGUCUGAGUCUUGCACAUUUUAAAUGCAUGGGGGAAAAUGAAGGGAUUUUUUUAAUCCAUGCUUUUUUGUUGCUGUUUUUAGUGAAGAAUUCCCUGUUUCAUGUGACUUGUUCUAAUAACUGGAGUAAAUAAAAAAACAUAUAUUUA